AUGGUCGCUUACGAGGAAGUCACCGCUGAGGCCGACAUUACGAUCAACCACGAAGGCAAUGUCCUCAAGAAGGGCUCGCUGCUUGUCGCAAUGGUCAACGCGUCUGAGUUCAACAAGCUGUUAGCAACUACAGAGCCUCCUGCGGACCGCCAGGAGCAGCUGCACAAGAUCACCGUCGAUCUCGCCGAUUUCAUGGCUGCCAUUGACGGCUCAGGCCUAUUUGAUUACUUCGAGCCCGACGAAUGGCUCGCCAACAAGAACUACGGCCGCGCGAUGAUUGCUGCACACUGGCUCAAGAUCCACCCUGAUGCUGUCUCUCCCGCCGUGCGCGACAACUUGAAGACCAUUCUCCAUGACGGCGGUGCCGCCUUCCAGGAAGAAUUCAUCUCCGUCUACCCUGAGGCCCAGCAGUUCGUUUAA